UGCCUUUUUCAAACAUGAAGUGGGAGUGGAGUAAGACUCUGGUAGGGGGUGACUUGCUCUUUAAUGACCCCUUGGUUGUCCCACAUAAAAAGCUGAGGAAGGUCAGUACUUUUCCUUUUUGCACCACUUUUUUGUAUUUAGCAAGACUGUUAAAUAAAAACAAACAAGCAGGCUGGUUGCCUGGCAACAGUCAGCAUGUGACCUGCAUUGUUUUCCUAGUUUCCAUGGUAUUAUAGUUAUGAUCUGUUGGGGGAGAUGAUUUGCCCUUUGAUCUGAUGACAUCAUAAAGCAUUUGCAUAACGCUCCUCAUUUGCAUAACACUCAUUUCCAUAACACUGACACAGACCAAGCUUAACUAGUGAGACCAGACCUAUGCAGUGUGACAGAUCAGCUGAUUUCAAAAUGCCUCAGGAAACAACUUCUGUUAAGCCAUACCAGGUAAAAGAGGGAACUCUUUUAAAGUUUGUUUUUAACCAAUCACAAGAAAUUGAUGAUCUUAAAGUGAAUGCACGUAAAAAGGAGAUUCAAUUCAAAAACCUCGAAAAACAAUUUGAAGAAGCACAAAGUCAAUAUUCUGAUGUCCAACAGCAGUUGGAGUCAGAAUUAAAGAAAAAAGAUGACGAAUUUCAGACACUCCAUCAAGAAUUUGUGAAACUUCAAGAAAAGCUUGCUAUUGAGAGAAAGAAACAAACUCAUUUCAAGCAACUGAUUACCCAAAUUAAUAAAGACAGCAUUUUAGUCAAAAAUAAGUUGGAGAACUGCUCAAACAUAACAGAUCAGCUUUUAGCAUGCCAUGAAAAAAUUGAAGAGCUUGAAGAUUUUCUGGCCUAUGAACGGGAACAGAAUGACAAGUUGAAGGAUUGUUUAUAUAAGCAAGAGGUGGAGAGCCAUAGUUUAGAAGAGAGAAACAUGGAUAGCUUACAGCAGGAAGAAGAGAUUAAAGAUGAUGUUAUAGCCAAAAUCUGUGUAAAAUAUGGGAUUAAUAAAAGCCUCAGGGCAGAUUUAAAAUCUACUGAAAAAUUAUUAGUAAAGGAAAAAGCUAAGAACAGAAAACAGCAAAUUGAGAUUGAUAAUCUGAGAAAGCAACUUCAAGAUUCCCAAGUUCAACGAGAAGCUUUUGACGACCAAAUCAAAUCUCUGCAGACACAGAAAGAUAAUGAAAUUUCUGGCUUGAUGAAAACUAUCCAAGAAUGUAAGAACCAGGAAAGUGAGCUAAAGGAUAACAUGAGAAGAUCUGGAAUCCAAACAAACAGUAUUAGAAAACUGUUUUUCGAAGCUAAUGAUUCAGUUGUGGACUUACAGAAGGAAAUUAAGGAACUGAAAGACUCCAAUGUGAAGUUAGUUAAGGAGAAGUGUGAGACAACGUUAGAGCUGGAGAAACUGAAAGACUCCAAUGUGAAGUUAGUUAAGGAGAAGCGUGAGACAACGUUAGAGCUGGAGAAACUGAAAGACUCCAAUGUGAAGUUAGUUAAGGAGAAGCGUGAGACAACGUUAGAGCUGGAGAAACUGAAAGACUCCAAUGUGAAGUUAGUUAAGGAGAAGCGUGAGACAACGUUAGAGCUGGAGAAACUGAAUUACUCCAAUGUGAAGUUAGUUAAGGAGAAGCGUGAGACAACGUUAGAGCUGGAGAAACUGAAAGACUCCAAUGUGAAGUUAGUUAAGGAGAAGCGUGAGACAACGUUAGAGCUGGAGACGGUGAAAGGUCAGCUGCUCCUAGCUUCUGAAGAUAAAAAUCAAGACGCAGAACAGUUGAUAAAGGUAGCAGCUGAGAAGGUAAUGUUUGCCAGCGAGCUGAAGGACUGUAAAACCCAGAUGGCAAGACUAAAGGAAGUACAACUCAUAAACAUUAGAGAGUUAGAAAACAAAAUAACACAACUUGAGGAGAAAAACAACAGGCUCAUUGAGGAGAAUAAGGCAAGUCAGAAAUUAUCUGAAAAGAGGCCUAGCGACCGUAGUUUAAAGAGUAGGGAAUUUAUCAUUUACAGACAUUUAGAACCUGAGAAAAUUAACCCUAGAAAGACUAAUUUUCUGCCCUCAGUGUUACCACAACACAAAAUCAGCACCUUAAACCAAAAGCAGGACAAAAAUAAGACGUAUGACUCAGUUAUGCCACAAGAAAUGAAUAAAAUUAAACCGGUAAAGAGCCUUGGCAAGCCAAAGUGGAGAUAACGACCUAAUGAAAGUUAAGACUUUUGAAUCCUAGCUUAAAGCCGUCUACGCGUUCUGUUCCAUGGCGAAAUCGAAACUUCCGUCGUUUUGUUUGGCUGUGUCAGGUUGGAGGGAAUUAAGGUUAUUUAAGCGGUUCAGAGUUAAUAAAGUGGUAGAUAUGAUGUUUCACAAGGUGCUGCUAGAGUUUUGUGAAAUAUUACUUCUGAUUUUACUAUAAAACAUAAUAAUAAUCAACUUCUCCAUGUUUGCUCGGAGAUGUGCGGAGCAUUAUGUCCGCUCAUUGGUCAGUGAAUGAAACCUCCGUUGAUUGGUCCUCGUCCGAGCGACAGCGAUGAAAAGUUGAAAAUGUUUCAACUUUCUGGGAUCGCGUCGCUGGGUCGUCCGUGCAUGGCACGUGCACGAGUGCAAAAUUUCACACGCACGUUUUUCGCGUUUCGCUUAGUAGGAGGGAGACCCGCGAUUAUCGCUUUAUCGCGCAUGUCUCAUUGAAAAUGAAUGGAGGACAGGCGAUGUCGCCUACCGUGUGUCGAGCCCAUUAGAGUUAUGUACUAAGCAUACUAGUCAAGUCAAUAUUUAUUUAUAUUGCACAUUUAAAAGGCAACACUGUUACCCCAAAGUGCUGCACAGCCGUUAUAGUAGUAGAAACAUAAAGUAGAAACUUAAAAGCCAGCGAGGCAUGAUAACAAAUUUAAACCACAGGAAACUGAAACAGAAUACAUAGCACAUCAUAGAACAUCAACGAUAAAUCGUAGGUUAAAAUGUAUAAAAUAAGAGCUGUAAGAGAAACCUGCAGCCACGUAAGCAAGCUGUCCCACAGGGUAGAAGCCACAUCAGAGAAAGCUCCAGCAGCCUUGGCUUUGAGUCUAGAUCUGCGUGUAGCUAGCAGAUGGAGACCAGCUGAUCUUAGCGCCCUGGAUGGGACAUACGGCUGAAUAAGGUUGCUCAAGUCUGCAUCAUGCAGUCUAUAUAUCAUACAAAAAUGUCUCUGCUAAUUAUCUGCACAGACAUGUCCCAUCUCAGUCCGUUUGUUCAGCUGAGCGGGAGCCGUUGGUGGCCCCCGCUCCAAAUAUGGAUUUUUUUUAAUUUAAUUUUUGUAUUUAUCUCAAACCAUCGAAAACAUGAAAUUGCAUAUGCACUCCCCCAUAUUCCUGGUGCAUACAAUUUUUUUUUUUUAAAAUGAGGAAUACGAUAAACAUGCUGUUGAAUGAAACAAUACAAAACAUACAAUAACAUAAAACCAUUUGAGAGGGAACUGGAAGAAGCAAAAGCUUAUCUAGUCCAGCCCCAAUUCAGCUAAUAAAUCACAUUUGCUCACAUUAACAAAUUUGAAAGAAAAAAAAACUUUUCUUUAUGCAGGUCGUUCUAUCUUCACCUUGCUACAUAAAAAGACAGUUACAAAACAAUUGUUCACAUGAAUCUACAGAAAAAGAAAACAAAACCAAUAAACAACAAAAACAAAAUAUUCCAUUUGAAGCCAAUUACCAUUUUUAUCACUUGCUAUUUAUGUAUGAGUCAAUUAUAAGUUGUUUAUACAACAUUUUAAAUGAUCUAAUGUUUUUACAUAAUUUUAAAGUCACAUCAAGUUUGUUCCACAGUUUGAUACCACAUACAGAUACACACAUACUUUUCAUAGUUGUUCGGUAUAAUGGAAAAAUGAAGUUUUUAACGCCUCUCAAUUCAUAACCCUCUUCAUGAGUUUUAAACAUCCUUUGCAAAUUAAACGGCAGUACACCCAUCAUGGCCCUAUACGGUACAAGGACAGUUUUAAAUUGAAUUAAGUCAAAAAAUUUGAGUAAUCUGGAAUUAUAGAAUAAUGGAGUUGUAUGAUCUCUAUAUCCAGAAUUUGUAAUUAUCCUUACCACUCUUUUUUGGAGAACACAAAUCUUUAAUAAAUUAGAUUCAUAAGUAUUGCCCCAUACUUCGACACAAUAUGAUAAGUAUGGUAGAAUCAUAGUAUAAUAAAGUGUGUGUAGUGCUUUCUGUGGUAGAGAAUAUCUUGUUUUAUUUAUUAUCCCAAUGCUUCUAGCUAAUUUAGAACACACAUAUUGUAUGUAUGGCUUCCAACAGAGCUUAUGAUCAAUCAAUAUCCCCAAAAACUUAAUUUAAGGUUGGAUCGUGUGUUAUUGGUUCUGGCUCCAACGCUCUGGAACAAGUUACCUCUGAGUGCCAGGCAGGCAGUAAUCCCAGAUUACUAGGUAAAAAGGAUUUCAUCUUUAAUAGUUAGAUCUAUUUCUGGUCAGCCUUUUAUUAAGGGAACUAACAGGCCAAGCCGGCAGGUUCUUUGUUGUUAUUCACUGGAGGAUUCAAUCUAUUUAAUAUUAUUAUUUUGCAGAAUAAUGCUCGAAUGGCAGCGUGCACCUCCACAAAUUAUACAUUAAAACAAGUGGCUUGGCCGAGGGGGAUGUGCUAAUACUUUUCUAAGUGUUUCGAUUUACGACGGUGACGUUACUGCCAAAAACAUUGCAUCUUUCUUUCUUUCUGUUGGGUAAUUUCUAAUAUUGUUCUUAUAUUACCUCAAAGAAAGUCGGAGCCCACACAGAGGGAUUAGUUUCAUAAUUUGGUAAAUUGUAAACAACCUUUAAACAGACAACAAACUCUGCAAAGUGUGACACUUUGCAGAGGGUGAGAGAAUCAAACAUCAGACACGACGGCCAUUUCCUCUCACACCGAGCCAAAGCUUGUGAAGAGCUUUUAUUGAACAUACACACACCCACAGAUUCCACAACCACCCUCCUUGGCCUCAGAAAACAAAUAGCGUGAAACUCCCCGUCCGACUAGUUUGGCUUCAACUAAUGGAACAAAACACAUCGAGCAGAAAGGAGGUGCUGAAAACAAUCAAACAUUAACAAGUAUCUGUUCCAUUUAUCCGUUUUCUCAAGCAGUAAGGGUGAGUGAACUCUGUUUGAUAACUAGUUCAGGGUUUUUCCUAACACUUUCUUUUAUUUAUUAUCCUGAUCUUAGGUUAGACCUCCACCCACCGCUGUGACUGUGUCACGUUGUGGGUUAGGAGGAGGUUAGGACCCAAGAUGCAGAUGACACCAGAUGACAUGAGGCAGGAGCGGUUUAAAAGUAAAAUCCUUUUUAUUUAGGAUGAGGAACCAAAAAAUCCAAAUGGGCAGGAAGCCUAAAACCUAAGUCCUGAGUACCAGGAGAACGAAAGCUCACACAGAGCACAAAACCUAGAGGCGAGGUACAAAAGCUCACAUAGAGCACAAAACAACGCUGACACAAAACAAUGGACCGACAAGAUACUGUGACAAAGACAGGGCUUAUACACUGGGGCAUGAUGGGAGGCAGAUGGGCUGCAGAUGUGUGGAGAGAGAACCAGGUGAAAGCAAUUAACUAAUCAGGGAAGAACAUGAUCUAAGAGUAAAACCUAAAGACAAGAAAAGCAACCACAUAACUAAUAUUCCAAGGGGAAGGAAAACUACAAACACCAGUGGGAAAAAAACAUACUAAAGAGACUAAUAAAAUGAAAAGCUGAAACUAUAAAAAACUGCAGAGGGGUGACUGGGGAUGACUAAAGGAACACAGGACCUGGGAGAGAUGAUCUGGAGGGCUGAAGACACAUGAGGAACACAAAGAGACACAUAAGGGGGAUUCUUAGAGGGGAAUGGAGUACACAAGGAGACACAUGAGGGAGACGCAGACCAUGACAGACGGACGUCGGAGGAACGCUACCCACCCCUCCGCCCGCCCUCACAGACACCGGAGGAACACGUUACUUUAUAUACAGAUUGAGAGUCUUCUGAUUGAGCUACAAUGUAGCCACAGCUGCUCUGGGGCACCCUGACAGAGGCAAGAUCUGAUGAACGCUGGCGUCACCGGUCCCUCUGAUCACCACCAGCAGGUAGGGUGGCUUAAGUGUCUUGCCCAAGGGCAAUUCUCUGGUCGGAGCCGAGAUCAAACCUGCAACCUUCUGAUUACUGGACAACCUGCCCUCCUGAGCUACUGCUGUCCCUGUCCUAGGUGUCCUCAGGGGCAUGUUCUACCUGCUUUACAGCUGUUAGCUAGCUAACAUGCAGCACUUUCAGUUCACCGAUCAUCAACAAAAACCACAAGAAGAAGAGAAGAAGUUUGCGUUUUGUGUUGUGAGCCUGGAAGUAAAAGUAAGAGAGUAAUGUCUUUGGAAGUGAAGCAGAGAGCUAAAACCAGAGUCUUCCUCUUCAUGAGCAGAAAACAUUUUGUAACCUGUCAAUAAAAGUACCUGAUUGGUUAAUGCAGAUAAGACAUGAUUUAACACACUUGUGUGGAGGCCAUUAGCACUUCUGAGGUCUGCUAAGAAUACGUGUUUGUGCAAAGUAACGUAGAGUAUGCUUGUGAAAACCUGUGUGUGUGUGUGUGUGUGUGUGUGUGUGUGUGUGUGUGUGUGUGUGUGUG